UGAUCAUUGUUUCUUUUUUUCUACCCCUAUUUCACAAUUUAGGUAUAGUUUAUUUUACAUCAAAAUCACAAUUUAGAGUUUGACAUCCAUUUUGGAACACAAUUUUUCAAAGUCAAUGAAUUAACGAUGAAAUUUAGGUUUAGCACUCUUUUUGUUUGGGUUUGUCUGUCUCACUCGCUAUAUGAUUGUUCAUAGCUAUUUAUUUUAAAAUUUGUAUGUAUUAAUUCUUUUUAUUUUGAUGGCAUAUUUAGGUGUUCUUAUGGAUCAUCAACCACUGUAACCACUGUCAGGUACUGAAUAUAUAAUUAUUGAGGAGAUAAUGUUUCAAUAAGUUCUUGUUGUUCUUAUUUGCCUUUUCAUGGCUAGUCAUGGUCAAUCUCUGAGAAGACGAUGUCGAAACAGGGGUGAGGUUAGGUACUAUAUGGGUGUUCGAGUUUCGAAAAUUAUGUCUCACUUAAAUUAUAUCAUAAAUGACAAUGAUAGUGUAUGUAUAGAUAAGUUAAGAAUGGACAGAAAUGCCUUUCACACUUUAGUUCUCUUAACUAAGAAUGUUGGAGGUUUGGCCGAUAGUAAAAGUAUGUCAAGUGGUGAAAAGUUAACGAUAUUUUUAAAUAUCUUGGCUCAUCAUGAGAAGAAUCAAUCUAUCAAAUUUGAUUAUAUUAGACUGGGAUGGAGCGUAAGCCAGUCUUUUAAUGAAUGCUUAUGCGCUAUUCUCAAACUAACUCCAUUUUUACUUGUUAAUCCUAAACCAGUGGUUGGGGAUGAAACUGAAGAUCGAUGGAAAUGGUUUGAGGGUUGUUUGGGUGCACUAGACGGUACUUACAUUCCCAUUAGAGUUCCAACUCAAUACAAACCAAGAUACAGGACAAGAAAGGGAGAGAUAGCAACUAAUGUAUUGGGAGUUUGUGAUAGAAACCUCAAUUUUACUUAUGCGUUACCUGGUUGGGAAGGAUCAGCUGCUGAUGGCCGUGUUUUACGAGAUGCUAUAGUAAGAAGAAAUGGUUUAAAAAUCCUUGAGGGUAAUUAUUAUUUGUGCGAUGGAGGAUAUACGAAUGGAAAAGGUUUUCUGACACCUUAUCGAGGAUAUAGAUAUUGGUUAAAGGAUUGGCAAUGUGACAAUCCAUCACCUCGAUGUAAAGAAGAGCUUUUCAACAUGAGGCAUUCUAGGGCUCGUAAUGUUAUUGAAAGAGCAUUUGGUCUGCUGAAAGGAUUUUGGGGAAUUCUUAGAAGCCCUUCAUGGUACUCAGUUAAGGUUUAUAACAGGAUAAUUAUUGCUUGUUGCUUGAUUCAUAACUUUAUUUGUAGAGAGAUGGAAGUGGAUCCCUUAGACAUUGGUAUGGAAGAACAAGCAGAAUAUCAACACGAAAAUAUUGAUGUUGUUGAAUCGAGUGAGGAGUGGACCAAUUGGAGGGAUAAGUUGGCUCAAUGAAUGUGGAAUGAAAGAUUCAGUAAUUGAUCUGUUGCCACUUUUUUGAACUAUAUUACUACAUGUUAGCUAUGGAAUACUUUUGAACUUACUAGCUCUUUAGAACUGGUUUGAUAUGAGCUGUAUAGCAACCAGAAAAUUUUAAUUUUUGUGAGCUUAAUUGCACAUUCUUAUGUACUCUUUAUAGCUCUGAUUGUUGUAUGCUUUAAUUUAUAGUGCAGGCUAGUUGAAUUGGUUGAUCUUUAAUUGCAUGCUAUCCUCUGAUUGUAAAGUGUAUUAAUUUAAAAAUGUAUCUCUAGUAUUUCUGCACAUUUUCUCAAGUUAUUGUUGUGCUCUAUUUUUUACAUUUUUUGUAAUCUAUUACACAAGAUUUUACAGGUGUAAUGAAUAGUCAGGCAUCUUCAACCAAGGCAUCAAAAAAGCCAAGCAACUCAACUCCUUCGACACAAAAAAUGUGGAUUCCAGAGGAAAAACAAACUCUUUUAAAUGGAUUAAAAGAGUUGUGCACUAAUGGUUGGAGAGCCGAUAAUGGAACCUUUAGACCGGGCCACUUGAUGGAGUUAGAACGGUAUAUACACAAAUAUCACCCUGCAAGUGCAUUAAAAGGUGAACCACACAUCAAAAAUAAAAUGAGAUAUUGGAAAAAGUUUUAUAGAAUUAUAGCUCUCCUAAAGACUCAAAGUGGUUUGGGAUUUCAAUAUAGUGAUGGAGCUAUAUUAGUUGACGAUCAACCAUUUUGGGAUAAGUUUAUGAAGAUAAUUACUAUGUCUACUUAGUAUUUUUGUAGUCUCCGUGAUUUUCUUCACUUUCCUAUUAAGUAGAGAUCUUUUUGCUGCUAGGUUACUCAUAGAAAAGGCCCUAAAAGAGUUUCAAACUGUGCUGAAGUAAAUAAUUUUCUGUCACCAAUGAACUUACUCUAGAUUUUAGCUUUUAUGGUUUUCAGUAAGUCCAAAAAAACUAAACUGAACCUGAACAGGACAUAACUUUACUGUUUUGAAAUUUUUUUGUCAGUCAUCUCUUAAAACAGUUAUAACAACGGGUAUUUAAUCUAUUCAGAUCAUGUUUUUGUUGAUUCGAUGUUAUAUUUUGUUGAUUGUAUUUCUUGUUGAUGUUAACUCAAACUGAAGUUCAUUUGGGCUGAGAACUUUGAGUUCUCUAUAUGCUGCUUAAUUAUCUUAAAAAGAGUUCAUUGAGUUGCUAAGUGUUGAUCAAAUUUGAUAUGGUUCACAACGAAAAUAAUGACAUGAUGUAGAAUUUUGUAGCACAUUCUUCCUUUAUUUUCUACAUAAUGUUCAACCUACAUUGUACGCUUUCUCUUAAUGGUAGUUUCUGUGGUCGAAUUGGACAAUUCUAUUUACGUUAUUUACGCAGCAACCUCUUGCACUGUGAUACAUAUUUUGAUGACAUGAUGUAGAAUUUUGUUGCACAUUUUGA